AUGAGGAGUAUAAGGAAAUCUCUUGUGAAGUGUAAUUUAAAUUGCUAAUCAAAGUGCUUAAGUCAAUAGAUUUAUUUGGAUAGAACAUUUUGUUGAAUCUCAAUGGGGAAGACGAAUACAAAACUGCCUUCGGUGGUUUCUUCACUUUGAUGAUUCUAGGAAUCGUUGUUCUGUUCUUUUAAUCCAAUAUCAGAGACUUUAUAAAUAAAGUAAACAUUUAAAGUGAGACAACCGAAGUUUUUGAAGAUUAACCUGAUUAAAUAGAAUUGAAUGAAUCCAAUUUUAUGUUUGCUGUAGCUAUAGAAUAACUCAAUUUUAACACUAAUCCCUUUUUUAAUAUUACACUACGACAAAGGUAACAUGUUCCAUUAAAUAUCUCAGAUACUACGAAAGAUUGGAAAACGGCACUCUUAUCAAACGAGAUCAAUAUAUUGAUCUGAUACCAUGUAAAUUGGAUAGAUUUCAAAAUAUAUUUACUCCUUAUAGACUGAAUUUCACCCAACAGUACAGUGAAAUCGGUCUCGAUACUUGGUUAUGUCCAUAGUACUUCUAUUCUCAAUUAUAGGCUUAAUUAUUCUCUCUCUCUGAAAGGGAGGUACACAAAUAAAUAUUUCGACUUCCUAAAAAUUGCUGUCAAUGAGUGCAGUAACAACACCCAGACAAAUGACUUCUUCACAUGGAAGCCUGUCUGUGCUUCUCCAGAAGUCGUAAAUGAAUGGCUGGCAGACCAAAGGUCCUUUAGAGUCAAAUUGUAUAUAUAUAAGUGCUUAUGUUAAGAUACAUAACAAACAAAGUGAUUAAUCCCUAGAAAGGAGAUGAAUAUAUUCAAUCGUUUCUGGAUGAUGAAUUAUUCUUCUCCUUUGUACCAAACGUAAUUGGCAAAGAAACUGAUGUCUUUUUCACCAAAUACAUCUUGAAAACUGAUAAUAAUCUAAUUCCAACAAAUGAAGAACUAGAAACCACUGAAGUGUUUGCUAAACAGGAAGGUGAUUACAGAGAUCAAAGCAUUUAUGCUGCCGAACAAUUUGCAGCCAUUUAUCUGAGGAGAUCCCCUUACACUAAUUACAUAUCAAGAUCAUAUCAAAAAAUAGACAAACUACUUUCCAUCCUUGGAGGUUUCGCUAACAUAGUCUUUGUUGCACUAGGCUUCUUUGUAGGAAUAUAUAAUAAAUAAUAAUGUACAUUUUAAAAUCAUCUAGAUCUCAUCGAAUUAGCUAAUGAGGUGUAUGAUUUUCACUUUGGAAAUGAAAACAAGGCUAAAUUUGAGAGACAACAAUUGGUCAAAGAAAUCACUUAUGUUAAAUCUUAGUCCAAGAUAAUUAGUUAAAAGUGCAGUCCUGCCUCCUCAAUAAAUCCUGGUAAUGCAUCUAUUAAUUGCAAUGCAAUCCAAUCAGUCAGACCGAUGAUAUCCCAUCAAAUCGAUUGCACCCUAGUCAUUCAUAAUGACAAAUAGGAUUCGGAUCAAAAAACUCAUAAGUCUAAUAACAAGAAUUCAGCAGUUAACUUAUAACCAAUCGGAGACAACGAAGUAGAAUGGGAGAGUGUUGAUAAAAGUAUGUUUUCUUGCAAUCUCACUCAAAAUAAUAAUCAAACAGAUAUUGUUAUGUUUAAUAGCACUGCCAAAUUCAAUUAAGAGAGACAAGCCAAAACUUAGAAUGAUCAAGAGUAAAAGAGUAUGAAACAAUCCAUUAAAUAGAUGCACAAAUCGAUAAUUAAUAAAAUUGGGAUUCACAAUCGAAAAGAAUAUUUAACUAAGCAAAUCUAGAUGAUGUUAGACAGAAGUCGUCCCAUAGUCUUCACUUUCAAAUUCGUAUUGCAUUAAUUGUUUUGUGGCAAGUUUUUUUAAGAUAAGAAUUGCAUCCUGUUGGACAAAGCUAUGUAAUCUAAGUAUCUUAAAGUUAUAGAAAAAAGAUAAAUCAAGACCUGGAUAUUUGUGUGUUGAUUGAUAAGGUGAAUGAGAUCAAUUUAAUAAAGGAACUGCUUCUAGAAAGGGAUCAAUAGAUAUUGUUCAAUUUUGCUCCAAAAGAGGUCAUUACUAUUGAAGAUUUAAGUUCUAAGCAUCAUCUACCGGGAAGACGAGAUUCCAAGUAUGUUUUGGUUGAUGCUAUUUUAGACGUGCUUUUACUAAAAGGUUGGGAGUGCAAUUUAGUGAUGUGGCUAAAAUGAUGUUCGACAAGAAAUUUAAAAAGGGGCAGUUUGUGAAUCCGGGAUUACAAAUUUAUUAUAAGUUGUAUUAGGCGUACGAACGGGUCAUUCUAUCGGAAGAGAAGAAUAAUAGAUUUAAUAAGAUCCUGAUUGAAAAGUUAGGACAGGAAGUAAAGGAGGUCUUUGACAUUUCCAAUUAUAUUCAAGUGGAUAAGAGCAGGAUGAUCAUGGACAAGUUGAAGAAGAAGAAGGCCAAUUUGCAUGAGGAGGAGUUCGAAGAAUUGCCAGGGUUAUUAAGUAUGGAUCAAAGAGACUUGAAAUUAUCUAUGAUUAAAUGA